AUGCAACUCUUCCAUCCCGACGGUGUCUCACGCGGCCCAGAACAUGCACAACAAUUCCUCCCUCUGCGAAGUUACCAGCGAGAAACUACGGUGCUCGCUGAGAGCUCAUGCCGACCUCCUGCACGGGCACCGCCACCCUCUGUUAUUGCGCAAACGCGAACUGUCGAGGCCCUGGGUCCUUUAUGCGGCUGCGGUGUAAACUCUCCGCGCGAGUGUCCUGGGCUUGCUAGUCUCCCGAUGCCCCGGUUCCCAUCCGUCGCACCUCCUAUCCUUCCGCUCCUUCCUGCGCUCAAGUAA